ACUCCUCUAAAUAGGCCAAAGGGUUUCUCAAUGUCCACUCUCUAACCCCGAAACCCUAGUUUCUGCUAUCAACGUUCUCGUCGAGCAGCAGAUAUCUGCUUACAGGAGCAAGCUUUGUCAAGAUGGUGAGAAUCAGUGUUUUAAAUGAUGCUCUAAAAAGCAUGUACAAUGCGGAAAAGCGUGGAAAGCGACAGGUCAUGAUCAGACCAUCCUCAAAAGUGAUCAUCAAGUUCCUCAUGGUCAUGCAGAAGCAUGGGUAUAUUGGAGAGUUUGAGUAUGUUGAUGAUCAUAGGUCUGGAAAAAUUGUGGUUGAACUGAAUGGAAGAUUGAACAAGUGUGGUGUUAUCAGUCCCCGUUUUGAUGUGGCUGUCAAAGAUAUUGAAAACUGGACUGCGAGGUUGCUCCCCUCAAGACAGUUUGGGUAUAUUGUUCUGACAACAUCUGCGGGCAUCAUGGAUCAUGAGGAGGCUCGAAGAAAGAAUGUUGGUGGUAAAGUACUUGGUUUCUUCUACUAAGCAGAGUUUUCCUUGAGGGUAGACUUUUUCUGCUUAGUUCUAAAGAGUUAUUUUUGUUGCAUUUUGGAAUAUUGUACUUAGGAUAUUUACUAUGUUUAUUUUGGUUGGA